AUGGGUUCAGCUGUAUGUAGCGUUCUCGCUCUCGUACGUUUUGCAGUCAUCCUGCUCUUUGCUGUGCAUACAGUCAGUGGUGCACUCACCAUCGAAACACGAUCAUCUUCCACGUUUUCCCAUGCCGUCCGCCGUCGACGUUUGCUUGCUGCGCGACAGGACUUGGUCGUCCGCCCAGCUCGCGAGGAGAUCGAGCGCGCUUUGGAACUUGUCCGCCGUUCUGAACACUGGACGCUUGCGCUGCAAAAGCGAGCAACCUCGACUUCAGGCUUGUCCGGCGACAGCCAAUGGACCGUCCAUGAUGACGACCAGAGCAUCUGCUUCUGUGUCAGCCGUACCGCUGGAGCUCGUGUCAGCAUGAACUCGAGCUCUGGUGCUUCUUGGAGCUUGUUCUCGUCAGGUGGGUCGUUGGGCGCUAACUCUGGCUCUGGCGCCGGUGACUCGUCGGUGCGGCCGAUGCGGAGCAGCUACAAGCCCACGUAUGUCUACAACACGUCGUACGACAACUCGCAUCCGUCGUCCGUGACCAACAACAACACGACGCAGCUGAACCAGGUGGUGCACGAUUCGCACGACACCGUUCAGGUGCACAUGAACAACACGCAGAACGAGGUGCAUCAGACCAACGUAGCGGUUCAGCAGACCAACACGCAGACCGAGGUGCAACAGACGAACAAUGUGCAGAACAACGACAAUUCACAUGUCGACAAGAGCGUACAUGUGAUCGACAACUCCAAGACCAACAGCAACAAUGUCCAGGAUAACAGCGAUACGCACAACAACGUGGAUAAUUCGCAUACCACCAAUACGAGCUCCAGCUCCAGCUCCGCUAGUCAGACAACGUAUGAUAACACCAACUCGGGAGUCCAGGCCAUUGCUCCGAAAUCGUGA